AAUCUGACGUCAUGGGGACUGUCGCAGCUCAGCCAAUCAUCGUUCACUUUGUGGUGCGGCGCUCCUGAAUGAUACAGACCAGAGGGGUCGGUGUUCAGCUAUGAACGGCAAUAACUUAUUUUUGUCUUCCCGUCAAGUGCUCCUUCAGCCAUGCCUGUGACAUCUCAGCUGCUCAGGCGUUUGUCCUGUACCAAGGUCCUCACCUCCAGUCUGUUACCAUGCCAAUACCACCAGUCCCAGUUAGGACCCAUCACUCAUGGAUCUGCCUCGAAACGGCCCUCUCAUUUAUGGCAAAACCACAGCCACUCGAGAAGUUACCAGACAGCCUCAGUGCUCCGCAGCUACAUCCUCACCCCCCCGCAGGUCAACUCCAUUCUGAAAGCCAACGAGUACAGCUUUAAGGUGCCAGAGUUUGAUGGGAAGAACGUGUCAUCAGUGAUGGGUUUUGAGAGCAAUCAGCUGCCAGCAAACGCUCCUAUAGAAGACCGUCGCAGCGCGGCCACGUGCCUGCAGACACGAGGAAUGCUGCUCGGUGUGUUUGAUGGCCAUGCAGGCUGUGCCUGUGCACAGGCGCUGAGUGAGAGGUUGUUUUACUACAUAGCAGUGUCUCUGCUCCCCCACGAUACACUGUGUGAGCUGGAGGCAGCGGUGGAGGCCGGCAGGGCGCUCAGUCCAAUCCUUCAGUGGCACAAACACCCCAACGACUACUUCAGCAGGGAGGCUCAAACGCUCUACUUCAACAGCCUACGGACAUACUGGCAGGAGUUAAUAGAUCUGACCAGCCCAGGUGAAGUUCCUGACACCCAUGAGGCCUUACUGAAUGCCUUUAAGAGGCUGGACAGUGACAUUUCCCUGGAGGCUCAGGUUGGAGACCCCAAUGCUUUCCUGCACUACUGGGUUCUGAGAGUGGCCUUUUCUGGAGCGACGGCCUGUGUGGCUCACAUCGAUGGGCAAGACCUGUAUAUAGCCAAUGCAGGAGAUGCUCGGGCGGUGUUGGGGGUCCAGGAAGAGGAUGGUUCAUUCACUGCUCACACGCUCUCAAACGACCACAGCGCCCAGAAUGAUGAGGAGAUGGCUCGGAUACGGGGUGAACACCCUCCAUCGGAGAGAAAGACGGUUAUCCGACAGGACCGGUUGCUUGGCCUCCUCAUGCCGUUACGUGCGUUUGGGGAUGUGAAGUUCAAGUGGAGUAUUGAACUGCAGAAGCGUGUGUUGGAGUCCGGACCUGAUCAGCUCCAUGAGAACGAGCACACCAAGUUUAUCCCUCCAAACUACCACACGCCGCCCUACCUGACCGCUGAGCCUGAGAUCACGUACCACAAACUGCGGCCACAGGACCGCUUCAUGGUGAUUGGUUCAGACGGCCUCUGGGAGACCCUCCACAGGCAGGAAGUGGUUCGCAUCGUGGGGGAGUAUUUGACAGGCAUGCACCAGCGUCAACCCCUCAAAGUCGGAGGCUACAGGGUCACUCUGGGACAGAUGCAGGGGCUGCUGGACGAGAGAAAGGCUCGUGUGUCUUCAGCUUUCGAGGAUCAGAACUCAGCAACCCACCUGAUGCGCCACGCUGUGGGAAACAACGAGUUUGGCACAGUCGAUCACGAGAGGCUGUCUAAAAUGCUGUCGCUGCCCGAGGAGCUGGCUCGCAUGUACCGCGAUGACAUCACCAUCAUAAUCCCUCAGUUCAACCCUCACGUGUUUGGUGCACAGAGACAGGAGGGGCAGUCCUAAGAUAAACAAAGCCAUUCACUAAUGUUACACUCAGGUGUACAAACACACACAUACACAUUUGUGUCUGUCUAUUAUUGAUGUUCACAUAAGCACACUCAGUGGACAAACGGGCAGCAGAGAGAAAAUAUCUGUCCAGCAGUCAAAAUGAAUUGUUUUAACUCUAUUUAUAGAACAUAUUUGUACAUCUGUGAGCAAAGGAAGAUUUGAACUGGUUCUUUAUGAAGUGAGAAGCUCCCCAUUUAAAACGGGAUGAAGGUCACUUUUAAAGCCUGUUUUGUAAGCUGCAGAUUUCCUCUGGUUACCAUGUCAUACUCGCCUCUCUUCGUGGCUGUUUAGAUGCUGUUACAAACUGACUUUGUGCCAAAACAUCCGACCCUAUCAUCUGCUGAAAGACUGAACAGGGAUGAAGUUAUAGAAAUUCCAAAGAGGGGGACUUAAUUUUUUUUUUUUUUUUUUUACAAGGAAAGAGCUCUUUGUGAACGCAGCACUGACUCAAUGCCUUUUUAUAUGGACUCUGGGCUGUCCUUAAAUAUAUACUGUAACUGUUUUCAUGUAUCCUUCCAGGCUUCUGCAUUUCUGAGGCUGAUGUAACAACACAAAUGGUUCUGUUGGUUUUUACUUGUACAUGCCGUGGUAUGAGAUAUUACUUGUUCAAAGACACAUUUAUUUUGUUCUGUAUUUACACUGCAACCUGUCAAUAUUUGGAUGAUGAUGUUUACUCCAGUAUUAGCUUCAAGUGCUAAUUUUAGCUGCUUUUGAUGUGCAUCAUUUCUUGUCAAAUUUAUACUGAAACCUCAACGUUAUAUGACACCAAUUCUGUGGGAGUCCAAGAUGAAUCUCAGGAUUCAAAGGAGGAUUGAUGUAAAAAUAGAUCAAAUACUUUGGUUACAGAAAGAUUCUAUCUAUUUUUGUUAAUGUUCGCUUCUUUGAAUAAAUACUUUCCCCUUCAGGUUUUCCUUACAUGAACAAUUUAAAAAAUAUAAAACAUAUUUCAUCCUUUAAAGAGUCAAAAGGCAAAGAAGUGUGCUAAAACGAGCUCAUGAUGUUUUCAUUUCAGAACGAAGCUGCUGGAGAAAAGAGCAAAUCCAAACUAUCCAAAUAUUUACAGACUGCACAGAUUAAUACGUCAAUAACUGUUUGAAGACUUACAUUGUGCCGAAUUGAAGGUGGACCGAUAUCUACCUGUUGUUCUUCUCUGACUGUAUCUCUUUAUUUAAGUCAGUAUGUGUGUUAUUUAUCAAACCUCUUAGCAAACACAGUGACUCAUUUCCAACACAGUCAUCACAUCUGGUUACAGCUGUGGUGGAGUCAAAUGAAAGUUUGUUGUUUUUACAGAACUUUGUGGGGUUGAAAGGGACACCUCUGGAAAGAUGAUCUUGCCUUAUGUUUUUCUUUUUUUUUGCUGACAGGUCAUUCACCAUGUUGGUUACAUAUUUAAUAUCUCAUAACAGUUACAUAGAGAGCAGAAGCAGACCAUGCUCUUGAUUCUCUCCAAUCCAACACUAAUGACAGGGCUUGUCUCUGUGUUGAAGUGUGUUCAAGCCCAAAUAUAUGAGCAGAAAGAAGCUGUUAAAUACAUAUUAAAGAUUAUUUAUUCAGCUUUAGCAUUAUGUUACAUUUCUUUAUCUUCAAAUGUAUAAAUUGUAACUUAUGUGGGUUAAGUUUUGAGUAUGGAAUGGUUUAUUAAAACACUGAAUGCACA